AUGCUCCACAAAGCCCUAACCUGCUGUUCUCAUCCAAAUACUGUAGUUGAUAGAGUAAGUCCACUCAGAGAGAAGGGUCCUGGACUGUUCCAUAGAGAAAGGAGAGAGUGUGUUUGAGAGAGCCAGUGAGUUUCUUGGGAGUGCUUUGACUCUCUGUCUGUCCCAGGAGAGAAGGAGGGAGAUGAGCUGUCCUGCUGAGGCUCUGGAGGGCUGACUGUUCCACACCCCAUCUCAUCUCUGUGCCUGACUGUGUGACCUGACCCUCCAGUCCUCCUCAACAGCACACCACAUCUGAUUCUGCAGCUCUCUCCGAAGCUGCCAGCACCAUGAGCUCGUCUGGGGCAAACCUCCACAACAAGCGUCUACCCUCAGAGACAGAGCAUGCUCAGAGAGUCCCGGAAUUGGACUCAGCCCAGCAGCUGAAACUGAGAGAGAGACAGCGCUUCUUUGAAGAGGUAUUUCAGCACGAUGUGGACGUCUACCUGUCCUCUGCCCACCUGCAUAUUCAUGACUAUAAGAGACCUCCCAUUGGCAGCGUCUCGUCCAUGGAGGUGAAUGUGGACAUGCUGGAGCAGAUGGACCUUAUGGACAUCUCUGACCAGGAGGCCCUGGAUGUCUUCCUCAGCUCUGGGGGGGAUGGGGGGGUGCUGACCUCCCCUCUGCCAGGUAAAGUAGUUCAUGGCAACAACAAUGAGGUCAUCAGCCAGGGACGCUCUCCCCACAACACAGGCGGUUGUGUGGGGAAGUCCCGCAUGUCCUCCACCUCCUCCACUUCCUCCACCAACAGCCAGAACACCAAUGAGGAUGGAAGGGAAACCCCUGUAGUCCAAUCAGAUGAUGAGGAUGUGAAUGUCGGCACACUCUUGCUGAUGGGAUCAACCCAAAAAGAUGAGGAGAAGGAUCGGCCCACCUUCUCUUCAUAGAGGCCUUGCUUCACUUCCAAUAUUCACUAACAUUUUGGACAUACUGGUGCUGACAAGUAUCACUGAAACGGGACACUCACACACAGAGGUGUUCCAUGGACUGGCAACUAUCACUUACAACAUAAUUUUCUUUACUCUUCAUUUAGUUUUUUCUGAACUGUAAAUAUAAGGCCAAAUCUUCUCAAAGCUUGCUUAUCUCCAUAUAUACUUCUGGUAUAUAGAUAACAAGAUACUUCUUUUUAUUUCCUCAUUUGAGAUUCUAGUAGGGUCUGGCGACGUGUGAUACGGGCAUUUGAGGAAGUACAUUCCUGUGUGUACUCCACAGCCAGGACAUGUACAUAACAGAGUUGUGAAAUAUGCAACCAUGUAAGCAUUACUGUACUACAGACAGGGAUUUACAAUUGUGCAAUUACACACACAAAAAAAUUCUUUAGAGAGUAACUGCAAUGCUGAGUCAAUCUGGCCCUUAUUUCCCGUUUUCCCCAAAAUGUUGAACCAAUCCCAAAACACCUGCCACAAAUAAAAACGAAGGAUGUAUUGUACAUAUUGCAUAGUGUUGCUUUCAUUUUGAUAUAUACAGUGCAUUCGGAAUUCAGACCCCUUCCCUUUUUCCACAUUUUGUUAUGUUACAGCCUUAUCCUAAAAUGUAUUAAAUAAAAAAAUCUUCAUCAAUCUACACACAAUAACCCAUAAUGACAAAGUGAAAAACAUUUUUUAGAAAUUUUUGCGAAUGUCUGAAAAAAAUAAACAGAAAUACCUUAUUUACAUAAGCAUUCAGACCCUUUGCUAUGAGACUCUAAAUUGAACUCAGGUGCAUCCUGUUUCUAUUGAUCAUCCUUGAGAUGUUUCCACAACUUGAUUGGAGUCUACCUGUGGUAAAUUAAAUUGACUGGACAUUAUUUUCUAACGCACACUUGUCUAUAUAAGGCCCCACAGUUGACAGUGCAUGUCAGAGCAAAAACCAAACCAUGAGGUUGAAGGAAUUGUCCAUAGAGCUCCGGGACAGGAUUGUGUCGAGGCACAGAUCUGGGGAAGGACACCAAAACAUUUCUGCAGCAUUUAAGGUCCCCAAGAACACAGUGGACUCCAUCAUUCUUAAAUGGAAAAGUUUGGAACCACCAAGACUGUUCCUAGAGCUUGCCACCCAGCCAAACUGAGCAAUCGGGGGAGAACGGCCUUGGUCAGGGAGGUGACCAAGAACCCGAUGGUCACUCUAACAGAAACUUGUCCCGAAGCAGAAGGACAACCAUCUAUGCAGCACUUCACCAAUCAGGCCUUUAUGGUAGAGACGGAUGCCUCUCCUCAGUAAAAGACACAUGACACCCUACUUGAAGUUUGCCUAAAGGCACCUAAAGGACUCUCAGACCAUGAGAAACAAGAUUCUCUGGUCUGAUGAAACCAAGAUUGAACUCUUUGGCUUAAGUGCCAAGCGUCACGUCUGGAGGAAACCCGGCACCAUCCCUACGGUGAAGCAUGGUGGUGGCAGCAUCAUGUUGUGGGGAUGUUUUUCAGUGGCAGGGACUGGGAGACUAGUCAGGAUUGAGGGAAAGAUGAAUGGUGCAAAGUACAGAGAGAUCCUUGAUGAAAACUUGCUCCAGAGCACUCAGGACCUCAGACUGGGGAAAGGUUCACCUUCUAACAGGACAACGACCCUAAGCACACAGCCAAGACAACGUAGGAGUGGCUUCGGGACAAGUUUCUGGAUGUCUUUGUGUGGACCAGCCAGAGUCCGGACGUGAACCCGAUCAAACAUCUCUGGAGAGACCUGAAAAUAGCUGUGCAGCGACGCUCCCCAUCCAACCUGACAGAUUUUGAGAGGAACAGCAGAGAAGAGUGGGAGAAAAUACUUUGCCAUUAACGAACGAAUACACUGAGUGUAUAAAAUAUUAGGAACACCUUCCUAAUAUUGAGUUGCACCCCCUUUUGCCCUCAGAACAGCCUCAAUUCGUUGGGCAUGGACUCUACAAGGUGUUGAUAAGCAUUCCACAGGGAUGCUGGCCCAUGUUGACUCCAAUGCUACCCAUAGUUGUGUCAAGUUGGCUGGAUGUCCUUUUGGGUGGUGGACCAUUCAUGAUUCACACGGCAAACCGUUGAGCGUGAAAAUCCCAGCAGCAUUGCAGUUCUUGACACGCUAAAACCAGUGUGCCUGGGACCUACAACCAUACUCCAUUCAAAGGCACUUUUGCCUUGCCCAUUCACACCUUCUGAAUGGCACACACAAUCCAUGUCUCAAUUGUUUCAAGGCUUAAAAAUCCUUCUUUAACCUCUCUCCUCCCCUUCAUUUCCAAAGGGAUGGGCAACUUUGAUGGUGUGGGGGCCACAAAAAAACGGAACUCAUCAUGAGGGGCCGCAGUGGCUUGUGGGCCAUGGGGCGGAGAGAGGAUUUAGCAAUUUUACAACUCAUGCAAUUCUACUCAUUUUGCCAUCGGCGGAUAGAACAUUUUGCAGUUUAACAUCAAAUUUCCUGAAGUUCUACAUAUUUUGCCAUAGGUUGGUCAUCCAGCUGUUGUGUCUGGCUUUACCAUGACAUCGGUCAUAUUUAUCUCUACAGAGCUAUGAAGUGAUGGUAGUGAUUUGGUAUCUUGUAAUUUCUUAAAUUACCUAAACAUGCCGUUAGCAAAGUGUACACUCUGCACAUUCUUAGACUUAUUUUAUCAGAGUUUGAAAUCAACAAUUGAUGGAAGCUUGAACUUUAAUGUAUUCUACGUACUAUUCUAAUUUAGAAAGGGUAUCUAUGCUGUUCUGCAAUGUUGACCCCACAUAUUAUUAUAAGAUGUGAAUGGUUUGCUAUGAUUUUAUUUUUAUUUUUAUGUAUGCACUCUACUGUCAGUCGCUCUGGAUAACACUAACAUGUCAAAUGUAAAUGUAGAAUUAUGAAUCACAUAAGUAAACAUACAACAUUGUUCAUUUAUGAUGUUCAGGACAGGCUUACUACAGUGUUACUGACUCCUUUCAGUAAGGACCCAUUACCACAGAAUCUUCAUGAUACACUUUAGGGUCAGUUAAAAGCUUGUAAAGGAGAGGUGUAUCCAAUUGCUGAUGUCUGUCUUAAACCAUCCUGCAGGUCAAAGUAACUCCAUAUUCCCACAAAUAGUGAUGGUUAAUCGUGAUGCGUUAAAGGUAUGGUUCACCCAAAUUACAAAAUGACAUAUUGGUUGCCUUACCCUGUAAGCAGCCUAUGGACAAGGUAUGACAGCAAUUCGUGCUUUGGUUUAGUUUUUUGGCAUUGUUUCCACUAAUAAUAAUAACUAUUAUUAUUAUUAUUUAUUAAACUUCUAUAGAGCUUUUCAUAGAAUCACAAAGCUCUUCAAGAGCAAAAAACAAACAAGGAAUAUAUCCUGACAGAUCAACCAAUAGAGGCCAAGUCUUUGAAUGCUGCAACCUCCAAAGAUGGAGAGGGUCAGAUCAUGGCUUGAGUGAAGGGAGCUGGUCAGAGGAUGCUAGAUGAUGAUGCAGGCUGCUGCUGAUCUUGUAGAAGGCAAUUCUGGUCUUAUAGCCACUGGACUUCUCCUCUUCCACUCUGUGUAGCACCCGCCUAAAAUGCAAACGUUUUAGCAUUUGUGGCACAAAUCCAAUUCAAGUCAUGGGACCGAUAUUAGCAUUUUUCACACAUUAUGUUCAAAUCAUUUAUAUUUGACUUUGUUGAGCUUCACAAUCAAUUUUAGAUACUUUUGGAUGAUUUGGACAUGAUGCACGAAAAAUGAUUACAGUAUGUCAGUCCCAUGACUUGAAUGGGAUUUGUGCCACGAAUGCUAAAAGGUUAGCAUGUGGAAACAAUGCAAGGGAAACUAAACUAAAACAUGGAUUGCUGUCAUACCUUGUCCAUAGGCUGUUUACAGGGUAAACCAAUGUAUAAUUUUGAAAUUUGGGUGAACUAUUCCUUUAACUGGGCAUAAUAUGAAACCCCAUGCUUAUUGUGUUCUCUCUAUGAGGAGUUGGGGUCUGUUUGGUCAAAACAAAAUUUGGUCUAGUUCAACCUUAUGAGUCUACUGUAUAAUCAGCUCUCAAACCAUAUAAAACACUAAAAUCAUUGUAUUUGGGACAAAUCAUUCACUAAACCUUAAACCUCCUCUAAAUCUUAUAAUGAAUAAUGUGGCAAUUUAACAAGUUGAGGAGACUAAACUGCUUAGUGUAACCCUAGACUGUAAACUGUCAUGGUCAAAACUUAUUGAUGCAGUGGUAGCUAAGAUUGGGAGAGGUCUGUCCAUGAUAAGGCAUUGCUCUGCUUUCUUGGCAUCACAGUCAUUUAAACGAGUCCUACUGGCCCUAGUUUUAUUACACCUGGACUACUGCCCAGUUACAUGGUCAAGUGUCACAAAGAAGAACAUAGGCAAAUUACAGUUGGCCCAGAACAGAGCAACACGGCUGGCCCUUAAAUGUACACGGAGGGCUAAUAUCAAUAAGAUUCAUGUCAAUCUCUCCUGGCUCAAAGCAGAGGAGAGAUUGACAGCAUCACUACCUGUCUUUGUGAGAGGUAUUGAUGUGUUGAAAGCACUGAACUGUCUGUUCAAACAGCUAACACGCAGCUCAGAUACCUACAAGACAUGCCACCAGGGGUCUCUUCACAGUCCCCAGAACAGACUCUAGGAAACACACAGUACUACAUAGAGCCAUGACUACAUGGAACUCUCUUCCACAUUAAGUAUCUGAAGCUAGCAGUAAAAUCAGAUAAAAAAAACCCAGAUAAAAUAAUACCUCACGGCAUAACGCGGACAGUGAAGAGACACACCCACACACACACGCACACACACACACACACACACGCUGUAAUGUUGUGGAAUUAUUGUAUUGUGGAUUUAAUAUUCUACAUUUGUAAUAUUUGAGUAAUAAUGUAGUAAUGUCUUGUAAGAUGUAUUGUUUUAUUUGUGAUGUAGGCUGUUGUGUUUUGUUGUGAUGUACAGUGGGAAGAAAAAGUAUGUGAACCCGUUGGAAUUAUCUGUAUUUCUACAUAAAUUGGUCAUAACAUUUUAUUUGAUCUUCAUCUAAGUCACAACAAUAGACAAACACAGUCUGCUUAAACUAAUAACACACAAUUACACAUUUGCAUAUCUUUAUUGAACACACUGUGUAAACAUUCACAGUGUAGGGUGGGUAAAAGUAUGUGAUCCCUUGCAUUUAAUAACUGGUUGACCCUCCUUUGGCAGCAAUAAACUCAACCAAACGUUUUCUGUAGUUGCGGAUCAGACCUGCACAACAGUCAGGAGGAAUUUUGGACCAUUCAUCUUUACAAAACUGUUUCAGUUCAGCAAUAUUCUUAGGAUGUCUGGUGUGAACCGUUCUCAAGGUCAUGCCACAACAUCUUAAAUUGGGUUGAGGUCAGGACUCUGACUGGCCACUCCAGAAGGCAUAUUUUCUUCCGUUGAAGCCAUCCUGUUGUUGAUUUAUUUCUGUGUUUUGGGUUGUUGUCCUGUCGCAUCACCCAACUUCUGUUGAACUUCAAUUGGUGGACAGAUAGCCUUACAUUAUCAUGCAAAAUGUCUUGAUAAACUUGGGAAUUAAUUUUUCUGAGUGAAUUUCUUCCAUUUUUUAUUUUUUAUUUUUCAGCAAAGCAGUCCCAAACCAUAAUGCUCCCUCCAACAUACUUUACCAUUGGGAUGAGGUUUUGAUGCUGGUGUGCUAUGCCUUUUUUUACCCACACAUAGUGUUGUGUGUUCCUUCCAAACAACUCAACUUUAGUUUAUUCCGUUCACAGAAUAUUUUGCCAGAAGCGCUGUGGAACAUCCAGUUGCUCUUUUGCGAACUUCAGAUGUGCAGCAAUGUUUUUUUUGGACAGCAGUGGCUUCUUCCAUGGUAUCCUCCCAUGAACACCAUUCUUGUUUAGUGUUUUACGUAUCGUAGACUCGUCAAAAGAGAUGUUAGCAUGUUCCAGAGAUUUCUGUAGGUCUUUAUCUGACACUCUAGGAUUCUUCUUAACGUCAUUGAGCAUUCUGCACUGUGCUCUUGCAGUUAUCGUUGCAGGACGGCCACUCCUAGGGAGAGUAGCAACAGUGCUGAACUUUCUCCAUUUAUAGACAAUUUGUCUUACCAUGGACUGAUGAACAUCAAGGCUUUUAGAGAUACUUAUGUAACCCUUUCCAGCAUUAUGCAAGUGAAACUAUUCUUAAUCUUAGGUCUUCUGAGAUCUCUUUUGUUCAAGGCAUGGUUCACAUCAGGCAAUGCUUCUUGUGAAUAGCAAACUCAAAUUUUGUGAGUGUUUUUUAUAGGGCAGGGCAGCUCUAACCAACAUCUCCAAUCUCGUCUCAUUGAUUGGACUCCAGGUUAGCUGACUCCUGACUCCAAUUAGCUUUUGGAAAAGCAAUUAGCCUAGGGGUUCACAUACUUUUCCCAAUCUACACUGUGAAUGUUUAAAUUAUGUAUUCAGUAUAGAAAAUAAAAAUACAAUAAUUUGUGUGAUAUUAGUUUAA